UUAGCAAAAUUCCCGCAAGCCGUACGCCCUGACCGAGUAUGAAUCGCCAGAAGAUGCGACGAAGGCAUUCGAGACGGAGUCGAAAGCGAUCUUCGCAUACGCUGCGCCGGCAAUGGUAGAGCGAAUUUUGUUCAACAUACAACCGAACUAUCCACCACCCACUCUCAUCUCAAACAAUCCACCGACAUAUGAGUUUACCAACGGACUGAUCCUGAUCCACGACUUCAUCAGCAAAGAGGAAGAGGAGGAAAUGAUACGGGAAUACCAUGUCGUGACAUCGUCUAGGGAAGGGCGCGCUCUCAAACGAGGGGCUGUACACUACGGCCCUCAUUUCGAUUACACCACUUUCGCCGUCUCAAAGUCAGCAAGCACACCCCCGCCUGAAUACCUCACGCGACUGCUGGAUCGCCUACCUGCCAGAGAUGACAGGGACAUACCUGACCAGUAUACUCUGCAGCACUAUCCGCCAGGCACUGGCAUACCCCCUCAUGUGGACACGCAUUCGGCGUUUGAAGAGACGAUAUACAGCCUCAGCUUCGGCGCUUCUACGCGGAUGGAUUUCAAACUCUGCGGCGAAAAGGAGUCAAGGAGAUUGCGUCUGCCAAAGAGGUCGUUGGGAGGAGGAGUCGAGACACCGCCGCCUGAGCUCGCACCUUCUGUUGAUAGUGUUGAGGAAAAGACCGAGGAGUGGGAGUUGGAGUUGCCGGCGAGAUCGCUGUUGGUCAUGAGAGGGCCUUCGAGGUAUGGCUAUACCCAUGGAAUUAAAGGAAGAAAGCAUGAUCAAGAUGGUGCGAGGCUUGUCGCCAGGCAAGAUCGAUAUUCCUUGACUAUGAGGAGAAUCAAGCCGGCUGAGAGAAUUGGUUGUGAUUGCGAGUACUCGCAUGUAUGUAGUUGAAAGUAUAUCAAG